GGAAAAGAGUCAUAAAUUUCACUAAAGGAAUUAAGAACUAAAGGAAGAAAAUGGCUGAAUCUACACAAGUAAUGAGGAGGCAUCAUCAUCAUCACCAGCAAGAGCCACAAGUUUCAGUCAUUCCACAUAUUGAGGUUGUGAAUGAAAUUCAAAUAGUCGUUAAUAAGAAGGAUAAUCCAAAAAGCUUAAGUGUAGCAACACCAAGUAAUGAUAAUAAGGAUAUUAAGAGAUGUGUCAGUAGUCGGAGUAGUAAAACAGAUUUAACUGUAACAACACCAACGACAGUGGCAUUAGAUGCAAUAACAAAAACGGUAACAAUUAAAAAUGAAAGGAGGAGAGACAGUAAGGAUAAGGAGAAAAGUGAAUCUGGUUCCACAUCUAUUUGUGCAUGCGGAAAGCUAAUAAAGCGUGUAAAGGAACUGUUAGAGGCGAAGGAAACUAAAGCAAAAAAAGGUUGCGAGGAAGAAGAUUUGAUACUGCCAGUACGCUAUUAUCCUGAAUCAUUGUCGGGCCUCAGUAAGGCUACUAAAUUUUCCGAGGACGAGAUAAAACGAAUGUAUCGUUCAUUUAAAGCAUCAUGUCCAACUGGCUUCAUCUAUGAAGAGACGUUUAAAGAAAUUUACUCGCAGUUCUUUCCGUUUGGAGCUAGCACAGCACAAUAUGCACAUUAUGUAUUCAAUUCAAUAGAUAGGGACUCAAAUGGAAGCGUGAGCUUUGAGGAAUUUGUUAUUAAUUUGUCAACCCUCUCACGUGGCAGUCUCGAUGAGAAACUAGAAUGGACGUUUCAACUCUAUGACGUCAAUGGCGAUGGAUAUAUAUCGAAAGAGGAAAUGACUGAGGUGAUGACAUCGGUUUAUGAGUUAAUGGGAAAAAUCUCAGAGGGUUGUAAAGAGGAAAGCCAAAUCAAAGCAAAAGUUGAGAGUAUGUUUAAGAAAAUGGAUCUAAAUGCUGAUGACAAAAUAUCGCUGGAUGAAUUUCUAUUAUCGUGCCACAAAGAUGACGGGUUAUUGAGAUCAAUAGGAGUUUUUCAGACUGUUUUUUAACCCGGCGCUGAGGAUAUGAUUACUUCAUGAUAAGCAAUUGUGAAUAUAAAACUUUAUUUUACUACUUUUCUCUCUUUUUUCUUCUCACUUCCUUUAGACUUUAAAGUGCGUUUCUGAGAAAAAAAUAAUAAAAAAAAAUUAAAUUUUAAAAAAAAUCUUUCUCAUAGUCGAGUAAUAAUCAUAAAAGUAUUGGCAUAUUUAUUACUCAAACAAGCAAAGAAAUAAGAUUGAAAAUUUGUACAAAUCUUUUCUGAUGCGGCAUCAAACGAAAAAGCCAUAAAAAUUUCCAUUUUCAAUAUUUGAAAUGGUCUGAUAAGAUAUUGAUUUGAUUUGAUCGAAAGAAAUUGCGAAAAUGUAAAAUUCUUUGGCAACAUUUUAAGGGCUGUUCACUUAUUACGUUUGAUAUUCAGCAAAGGGGGUGUACGGUUUUAAAAAACAUUUUAAGGAAAAUAAUAUUUUAUUUUUCAUUCAAAAUUUUAUGGCGUUGGGAUCAAAAAUUGUGUUCUCGAGUGACGUAAUUUAUGAACGACUCUCAAUGAUAUUCAGCAAAUUUUUUUAUCGUGCUUUUAAAAUGUAAUUACACGAUUCCUUGUAGAAGAUUUGAGGGAUUUUUCAAAAGGAUUUAGAAUGAAUUUUCUGAAGAUUUUAGAGAAAUUGUGUUGCUUGAAAAGAUUUUUAUGCAAGUUAAAGAGGAACUGAUGAGAAGUCUUUGAGUUGAGAGGAUUUAAUUUGAUGUUGAAGGAAAGGAUAGACACCUAGACCAAUUCAUCUAGUGGAUUAUGAAGAUAUUGAAACUCAGUAGCUAACGGGAUUCGAACCCAUGUCUUUGUACUUUGAGUUUCUUAAAAACAAGAAUUUGCUUGUUUCUCAUCCUUCAACCAAAAGAGCUUAAAACUUGCAAUGGCAAAAUUAGCUUCAUAAGACUUCGA